UUUCACGUGUUGGUACAGAAUUCUCAGCUGAUGGGAUUGUUUUUAUUUUCGUCCGCAUAUUUUCGCGAAUCCUCUAUCCGCGUUCAGUUUAGUCAGUAACUUUCUUAACAACUCCACAAUACUCACAGCUCGGUUUCUUUUAAGCAGAUAGCAUUAUCAGUAUUAUUGUGUCAUCAUCAUUCGGAAGUAUCGCGGGGCGUUAGUUGGUGCGUUUAAUCUGUUCGGCAGGCGCGGAUUUACGUUCCGUCUAGUGUUACCUGGCUUGAUUACUGCGUAUUUCGAAGUCACACAAAUAAAACCAUUUUGAAAGUGAAUCAUAAUCCCAAAGAACAAAGAAUCUCGUAGACAGCGCAACAGCCCGCAUUGCCAAGGCCGCCGGAAGUGAGCUGUGAAGGUUCAAAAUCCUGUCGGAACUAAUCGAGCAUAGCGUAGUGUCAAGUGUGAUAUGUAUACAUGCAUAUAGAUAACAUGUCUCAAAAAGUGCAGCUGGUGAAUGAUCGCACAGACUCAACUGACGACGAAAGCGAUAAUGAGAACGUUCCCAAUGGAAAUGUACGUAGCAUCACCUACGGAUUACACGGUUCGAAUCCCGUCACAUGGAGCACAAGCGAGUGGCAGUGGGAGCAACGUGAGGCGACGCAAAGAAAGUAAACUGCAGUACGAGAGUCUCGAUUACGAUGUUUGCGAGAACGUGUUGUGGCAGCAGGAGCACCAAAAAAUCGAACGGCGCUUUACGGUGCGGAAGGACUUUGCCCGAUGGAUUAUCUCCAUGAAGAUUGGCAUAGGGACGGCACUGGUGGCCUGUUUGAUUAAUAUUGUAAUCGAUGUGGUAUCGCGAUACAAAUAUGGGUUUCUGAAGCAUCAGGUCGAUAAAAAUGUAAUAAAUGGGGACCUCAGUAUACCUUAUUUGUAUUGGGUACUGCUCAAUGUGGUUCCGGUUAUGGUGGGAUCCAGUUUGGUGGCCUAUGUGGAACCUGUAGCGGCUGGAAGUGGGAUACCUCAGGUCAAGUGUUACCUGAAUGGUGUGAAGAUACCGAGGAUUGUGCGGAUUAAAACUUUGGCGGUGAAGGCCGUCGGUGUGGCGACUUCCGUUAUUGGAGGCCUGGCAGGAGGUAAGGAAGGGCCGAUGAUUCAUAGCGGAGCUGUGAUAGCCGCUGGAUUGUCCCAGGGAAAGAGUACCACUUUCCAAAAGGAUCUUAAGGUGUUUGAAUACUUUCGUGAUGAUCACGAAAAGAGAGAUUUUGUAGUGAGCGGAGCAGCUGCGGGAGUUGCCGCUGCUUUUGGCGCUCCCAUUGGAGGGAUUCUGUUCUCGCUGGAAGAAGCUGCGAGUUUCUGGAACCAAGCUCUGAUUUGGAGAACUUUCUUCGCCUCGAUUAUAAGUUCGUUCACGUUGAACAUUGUGCUAUCGGCCUAUCAUGGUUUGGAUAGUUUUCGCUAUCGAGGUUUGUUCAAUUUGGGCGAGUUUGAACCUUUACCUUUCGAAUAUUUCGAGUUGCCAAUUUUUAUGCUGAUGGGAGUUUUCGGAGGACUUUCCGGAGCAUUUUGGAACAGUGUGAACACGAAGAUCAACAUUUUUAGAGCACACUUUAUCAAGUACCGUUGGGCGAAAGUAUUGGAGGCAGCAUUCGUUGCUGCCAUUGGAGCAACUUGUGCCUGUGCUAUGGCUUAUUCCAUCAACGAUUGUCGCCCACUAGGAAACGAUCCCACGGAAACACCGGUUCAGUUGUUCUGCGAGGACAACGAGUACAAUGCAGCGGCAGCCCUUUGGUUUCAAACUCCGGAAGCAACGGUGAAAGCACUGUUCCAUGACCCACCGGGAUCUCACAGAAUUCUUACGUUGGUCAUCUACGUGCUUAUUUAUUAUCCGCUCUCUUGCAUCACCUACGGGCUGAGUGUAUCGCUCGGUAUCUUCAUACCGACCCUGCUAGUCGGAGCGGCCUGGGGAAGGUUGACAGCGUCCUUUAUAGUUUUGGCGUUUCCCAAUUCGAUCGUUUUCGUCAACCCGGGCAAGUACGCACUGAUCGGAGCUGCCGCUCAGCUUGGAGGUGUAGUGAGAAUGACGCUCAGUUUGAGUGUCAUCCUGUUGGAAACCACCGGCAAUAUUGGCUUCGUGUUCCCCAUCAUCAUCACCCUGAUGUCGGCCAAAUGGAGCGGCGACUAUUUCAACGAAGGAAUCUACGACACUCAAAUCAAAACUUCGAAGGUGCCAAUGUUGCCGUGGCACGUGGAACCAAAGCUGCAGAACGAUUUUGCCGAACGGAUUAUGAACCCGGCGGUCGUUUGCGUUCGACGACGAGAACCGGUCGGUUACAUUAUUGAUAUUUUGGAAAAUACUACUCACAACGGGUUCCCCGUCAUCGAAGACGAUGGAAAUGGUAAUCGUGAAAACGGAAAACUUAUCGGUCUGAUAUUGCGCUCUCAGUUGGUUGUUAUCUUGAAGCGCAGCAUGUACGUCGAAACCGAGCGUUUCUGGAAGGAUAUUGUAACCAUACAAGAUUUCAGGAAAGAAUACCCACGAUAUCCCAAUAUUGAUGAUCUAAACAUCAACGAGGAUAAGCUGUUGAAAAACUACACCAUUGAUAUGAGCAUGUUCAUGAAUUCAUCUCCGUACAGCGUUCGCCCAGAGACUUCGGUACCACGAAUUUUCCAACUUUUCCGUGCCCUAGGGCUUCGGCAUCUGGUAGUAGUAAACUUGGAAAAUCGUAUCCAGGGCAUCAUCACACGAAAAGAUUUCCUCCAGGAAUCGCACUAGAUGUUAAACUUUUUUUUAAUCAAAGCCGACGGUUUCUAUAAGAAACCUAAAAAGAGAACUGAUUUUAGUAUACUAGAGAGAAACAAACACAAUUUGUUACUGUUUGAAAGCUAGGGUUUUUCGCAGUAUUCAUAACAAUUUUAUCGAAUGGAGAAUCACAAAAAGUAAUAUAAGCAUGAGGAAUAAAAAUCUCACCCGAA